UGUGUCACGCUUUACUACCCGACAGGCAAUCCACAGUCGCGGAAUUCCCAAGGAGGAAGUUGCCGGGAUUGGAAAAACAAAAUUAAAACGUGCCGAAAUUACUUUUUACUGCAGCGAUAAAGGUGUAGCGGCUCUUCUCUAGGAAUACAAAAGUGUUGGUGAAUAUGGAGUAGUGCUGGUCGCAAUCGAUGGAGGCGGCGAGAAGUUUUCUGUUUGGGAUACUGCUGGUCGGACUAUCGGGCACAUUGGGCAGAGAAGUAUGCCUGGGCACAGACAUGCAGCUGGCCCUGCCCUCCAGUCUGGAGAACCAAUAUGAGACCUUGCGGCUGCUCUACACUGGGUGCCAAGUGGUCCACGGCAACCUGGAGAUCACCCACCUCCAGGGAGAACCGGACCUCUCAUUCCUACAGAGCAUCGUUGAGGUGCAGGGCUAUGUCUUGAUCGCCCACGUGUCCGUGAGCAUUGUGCCGCUGGACAACCUGCGCAUCAUCCGUGGCAGCCAGCUGUAUAACUCCAGCUACGCCCUAGCUGUCCUGGACAACACACUCCCCAGAGGGGGGCGGGGCCUCAGGACGCUCCGUCUCCGCAAUCUCACAGAAAUCCUGUUGGGUGGAGUGAUGUUUUGGGGAAACCCUCAGCUCUGUUUUCCGGACCCCCAGCACAUGGAGUGGAGGGACACACUUCAUGAAAAGAGGACAGACACCAAAUACCUCCGCUUGCAGGCCCGUGCCCUUAACUGUCCAAAGUGUUCCACUACCUGUGAAGAAAGGGGCUGCUGGGGAGAGACAGAACAGGACUGUCAGACCUUAACCCACGUGGGCUGUUCAUCGGGGUGUCUGCGCUGUAAGGGAAAUGAGUCCAGUGACUGCUGCCACAGCCAGUGCGCUGCCGGCUGCACCGGGCCAAAAGACUCUGACUGUCUGUCAUGUCGUCACUUCAAUGAUAGCGGCACGUGUAAGGACAACUGUCCUCCCCCAAACAUCUACGUACCGACCACCUUCCAGUCCAUACCCAACCCCAACAGGAAGUUCAGCUUCGGAGCCUCAUGUGUCAAGACAUGUCCCUAUAACUACUUAGCCAUUGAGGUUGCCUGUACCAUGGUGUGUCCCAAAACUGACCAUGAAGUGAUUAUCACCCAGCCUGAUGGGAAGGAGACUCAGAAGUGUGAGAAGUGUGAAGGGGAUUGUCCAAAAGUGUGUUACGGUCUGGGCAUGGGUGAUCUCCAGGCCUCCUCCUGGGUCAGCUCGUCCAAUGUGGCCCAGUUCACCGGCUGUAAAAAGCUGUAUGGCAGUCUGGCUUUCCUUCCUCAGAGCUUCACAAGGGACUCAAAUGCUAACGAGACAGGUCUGACCAUCAGUGAAAUGGAGGCGUUUAAAGAUCUGGAGGAGAUCACUGGAUAUCUGUACAUUGAUGCGUGGCCAGCAAACUGGACUAACCUGGGUGUAUUUGAGAACCUGAAAGUGAUCAGAGGAAGAAUGCUCUACAUGGGGGUGUUCUCUUUGGCCAUCCAGUCAAUACAGAUCCAUUCUCUGGGUCUCCGUUCACUCCAGAGCAUUAGUGGGGGUCUGGUUCUGCUCCACAACAACUCACAGCUCUGCUUCACCCAGGAACUUCCCUGGGGGGCCCUACUCCACCCCACCCAGGGGCCCCACCGAAUCGUUAACUCCAACCAGGACCCUGAGAAGUGUGUGUCAGAGGGACGUACCUGUCACCCGCUGUGCAUUGAUGGCUGCUGGGGUCCUGGGCCCACCCAGUGUGUGGCCUGUUCCAAAUUCCAGCGUGGGAAGGAGUGUGUGGUGGAGUGCAACAUUUAUGAAGGGACCCAGAGGGAGUUUGUCGACAUCACCAAGAGAGUCUGUGGCGCCUGUCACCCAGAGUGUAGACCCAUCAAUGGCUCUAUCUCGUGCCAUGGCCCGGGGGCCCACCAGUGUACGGAGUGCCUCCACCACCAGGACGUUGGGUUCUGUGUGGAGAAAUGUCCCAGUGGGUUGAAGGAGGACCAGCACACUGUGUGGAAGUACAGCAAUGACACAGGCCACUGCCUUACCUGUGACACCAACUGCACAUUGUCGUGCAAUCAGAAAGAUGACAGAGGCUGCCCCAUCCAUCCUAAAUCCGGGCCGGGGACGUCGAUCGCGGCGGCGGUGGGCGGGGUAGUGCUCUUCCUGAUCCUGUUGGGUCUGCUGGUGUUCUACCUCCAGCGACAGAAACGGCUGAAGAGGAAGGAGACCAUGAGGAGGAUCCUGCAGGAGCAUGAGUUAGUGGAACCUCUGACUCCCAGCGGUGCCUUGCCCAACCAGGCCCAGAUGCGCAUCCUCAAGGAGACAGAGCUAAAGAAGCUUAGAGUCCUGGGCUCAGGAGCUUUUGGCACAGUCUACAAGGGGGCGUGGGCUCCCGAUGGGGAGAAUGUCAAGAUACCAGUUGCCAUCAAGGUUUUGCGCGAGAACACCUCGCCCAAAGCAAACAAGGAGAUCCUUGAUGAGGCAUACGUUAUGGCUGGUGUGGCCAGUCCUUACGUGUGUCGUUUGCUGGGAAUCUGUCUGACCUCCACAGUUCAGCUGGUUACCCAGCUCAUGCCGUAUGGAUGCCUGCUGGACUACGUCAGAGAGAACAAGGACCACAUCGGCUCCCAGUAUCUCCUCAACUGGUGUGUGCAGAUUGCCAAGGGGAUGAGCUACCUGGAGGAGGUUCGUCUGGUCCACAGGGACCUUGCAGCCCGUAACGUCCUGGUAAAGAACCCUAACCACGUCAAGAUCACUGACUUUGGCCUUGCUCGUCUGUUGGAUAUUGACGAAACGGAGUACCAUGCGGAUGGAGGGAAGGUGCCCAUUAAGUGGAUGGCAUUGGAAUCGAUCCUCCACAGAAAGUUCACCCACCAGAGCGAUGUUUGGAGCUAUGGUGUGACUGUAUGGGAGCUCAUGACCUUUGGGGCCAAGCCCUAUGAUCUGAUCCCUGCAAGAGACAUCCCAGAACUGCUGGAGGGAGGCGAGAGGCUCCCCCAGCCCCUCAUCUGCACCAUUGAUGUCUACAUGAUCAUGGUCAAGUGCUGGAUGAUUGACCCAGAAAGCAGGCCAAAGUUCAAGGAGCUGGUGACGGAGUUUAGCGUCAUGGCACGCGACCCACCUCGCUACGUGGUCAUCCAGAAUGAUGACAAGAUGAGUUUGUCUAGUCCGGUGGACAGUCAGUUCUUCAGGAUGCUGCUGGAAGAGGAGGGAGCAGAAAUCCGAGACCUGCUGGAUGCUGAGGAGUACCUGGUGCCACAGCCCAACUUCUUCCGACCCCAGGCAGAAAACUCAGCCCCGAAUGGCGCUUCCCGACACCACUCACACAGGAGUACAGACCAGGGACUAGACAGCGAGCCCUCCAUGGCGGGCGGCCAGCGAAGCAUGUACUCCUCAGUUAGCACCCUGGGGCGGAACCAGUACCCCACUCUGCCCCUGGGGGCCAGUGCCCCCUCCAACGGUCCUUGGGUCCCCCAGUACCCAUCCCUCUUGGCCCGCACCACCUCCCACCACUCCGCUGGUGGGACCUCUGACUCUGUGUUCCUGGACGGGGGUCCUGAUGAGGCCCCAGGGAGUCCAGGGCGCUACUGCAAAGACCCAACCUUCCCCAAUGGAGGAGAGCUGGAAACCGACGGCCCAUUGGCAACGCAUCAUUAUAACCCCCAGAAUCAUCACUCGCUGCCCCGCAGGGUUCACCUGUAUAACCACAACCACGCUUUACCAGAGUACAUCAACCAGGAGGUUCAGGACCUCCGCCCUGGGCCUGGCGAGCGGCCCAGCACCCUGCCUCGCAAGGGGGUGGCCGAAAGGCAUCGCCAGCUCCCCAACGGCCUGAGCUCAGGACACAGUGUUGAGAACCCUGAGUACCUGGUCCCCGGGAUGGGCUCCAACGCUACCUCCCCUGCUUUUGACAACCCCUACUAUCUGGACCUGGCGUCCAAGGCUAAAGCUGUGGCCGGAGGCCAUCGGGGUUCUGGGAAGAAUGAUGGGGGUCUUCUCUCAACCCCCAGGCAGGUGAAUGGCUUUGUGACACCCACAGCUGAGAACCCGGAGUACCUUGGCCUCGCCGACACCUGGAGUGGCCAGAGGGAGCACUCUUGAGACAAAAAGUAAUGUGGAGGAAGUGAGGAAGCACAAACCUAAUAUGGAGGUUAAAAGAAGGCUAUUGUUUCUGCAAGUGGUUGAUGGAUGACAGAUAGGAAUUAGUGUGUGUGUGUGUGUGUGUGUGUGUGUGUGUGUGUGUUGGAGGGGUGUGUGAGAGAGAAUGCAUGAUGAGUGUCUGAAAUUGUCUGAGCAAGCAAGAACAGGAACGGCCGGGUGUGUGAAAAGGAGGCCAAUCGGAGUAAGUCCAGUUGGUGUCUCCUGAAAACAGUCUGGUCCAUGUUCUUCACACCACGCCAACCCAAUGUAAUGUAGCAUUGACGUAAAGACGUUAUUAUUGGCGCGUGCCCACUGACCUUGUUUCAGUACGCACCAAGUUUCUGGCUGCCGUGUUUCCUCAUGGUAUCCUCUAUGCUCGAGGAAUGUUAAACAACACUUUGAAAGGUUCACUGACUACGUGACAACACUUGCAGGCGAAAGAUUUGAAUGUUUUUUUAUCUCACGAUAAAUGGGAGAAUAAUCCAAGUUAUACUGGACAUAUAAUUGUAGAUAUGUUUUUGUUUUUAGGAUUUCUUUAAUGGAGAGUUAUUGUUCAUGUAUGUGGUUUAUUGUCAUUUUUGUGUGAAUCGUUGUUUGUCUAUUUCCCUGAACUUUUCCUUUGAUUGUACAUAUACCUACUUAAGUGUCUCCUGUUGUGUGGAUGAAAAAUAAGUCUUUCAGAUCAAAACAAACCAGUGAAUACAACUUUAAACGUAUUUAACCUACCUUAAGCAGUCCAAUUGACACCAGUGUACCUUUUGCAAGGGCUAUCUUGCCAUUGCAAAAACACAACUAUUUCUAUAUCAGGAGGCCAUAAUUGGCUUUUGAGGAAUAAUGUAUAUUCUGGCGUGCAGCUCAAAAAGAACUGGCAGGGCUCGGUACAAUCAAAGCCAUUUUCACUGCCCAAGAAAAGGGUCUUACUCACCAUCUGGCUAAGACCUGUGCACCAUGAAAUGUAUAUAUAAUGCAUUUAGAAUACAGAGCCAUUGUGUCCACAGAAUACAUGUUCAUGAAUGUUUGGAUCUAUGAAAAUGUGGCUUUAAACCAAUAGUUAACCUGAUACAUCCACAUAUGUAGAUGGAAAAAAGAUUGUUCUUAGAUUGUUCUAGGGACAUUUGUAAAAGGUACCAGUGUGGGUGGAAUUCCAUGUUUUCAGUUGAAUGCCUAAAACGAAUUUUCAAAGCUUGAAAAGUGUCUAAUUUACAUUUGGAAAGGUUAUUUGAAUUUUAAUUUCAGUUGUUUUCCUUGCUGUAUGGUAUGCACGGGAAGGUUUUCACAAUGGGGUCCACUGUGUUCUAAAAUCAUGGACCCUCCCCCAAUUAUUGAGUUAUACUAAUACAGUAUUUGGAUACAUCUUGAAAUUAGUUUGUUCCUAAAAGUGGAAAAAACCUUUACACUGAUUUUUACACCAGGUUGUACAAAAACCCUGCACAUCGGAGUAGAAUGUGAUUCCAAAAGAACGUGUCACUUGUUUUAGUUUUUUUGACAAUGCAUAGUUCAGAUUCCUCUGGGCAACAAACUGGCCGGCCUUCUAGAAGAUAAUGAACAGAAUUUAGCAAUUUCCAUUUUAACUGCUGCCGCUAAGAAGGGAAACUGCCAAGUCAAUGGAGGCAUUGUUUCUCUACAGACAUGUGGGAAGGUCAACAACUCCUUCACUAACUGUCCUCACAACCACCAGUGAACGUGUCUUGGCUUUGUAAAGAGGGAUAAAUGGUACGUUUUCUGAUGUGAAAGAGGGACUAUCUAACAUUUUCAAAAGGGUGAGAUUUUAUGGAUUCACAGACACUUCCUGCUUUUUUAACAUGUGAAAGAAAUUACUGCAUCACUUUUGACAGGAAAUCAAAAUAGUUCCUGUUCAGUAAAAUGUUUGUUCAAAACAUCUAUAUUUGUUCAUCAUGGAUGAGGUGCUUGUGUUUUUUUUUAAUAGAAAAUAUAUUUUUUAAGAAGAAAUGCUGUUGAAAUCAGUGGUUGACUUGGGCUGGAACAGUGUCCCGGUACUUCUAAUUUUAGGCAAACAGCGUUCCGGUUCCUUUUUUCCUUUUUUGUUCAUGAACAUAAUCCAAUCUGCAAUUUGUCCAUUGCUGCACUUAUUUUAUCCCAAGUCAAGAGCUGGUUGAAAUUCAAUGGACAAAUAUAUAUUUUGGCAUUUUGCUUCCUUAUGGUACCCAGUAUAAUUAGUUGUGUAUCAGUGCACUUGAAGGGUGAACGUAUUGAUAGAUUUUUUGAAUUUACUGAACAGUUUUUUUUCCCCCAUUGCAUUUGCAACUUUACUUGCCAUAUUGUCUUUAAAAUGUACUCAAAUCGAAACAUUGAAAUUGAUUAUAUGACUCCAAAGUUACAGACAAUAUUCUUUCAUACAAUCCUGGAAAACA